AUGCUUAUGUACCCACGUAAGGAUCUCAUCAUCGGGCCGUAUAUUCCCCAGGAUAUCACCAUACAAGACGAAGACGUCCCAUCUGAGUUCGCCGAGAACUCUCAUCAGUACCAGUUCCAACAAUCCUGCUUGCAACCACCUUUUCACUAUCAGCCGAACCAACAGUUCGCGUCCCCGCCCUCUUCCGCACCUUCAUCACCAUCUUUCUCUUCUCCCACUUUUUCUAAUUCUUAUCCCCCAACGGGCGACUCUCAAUCUCUCGGGGCGCCUUCGAUGACCCCGGUGUCUUCUUACAACCCGUCUUUUGACAUUCAGGGUCCUGCCUCUCCAUCUUCCUCCAGUUACAUAUCACAAUACCCUCCAUACUACACGCCCAUGUUGGCUCAACCACCCAUCGCUGCCAGCAAUCAAGGCUGGGAUAGCAACUUGCAGUUGCUGAGCCCCGCCCGCAUUCCAUUCCACCAGAAGCAAUCUCCUUCUGUCUCUCGAUCUGCGCCCUUGGGCCACUCAAUAUCGCCCAUAGCUGCUGGCCAGCAUCGGCGAUCCGACAGCAACAAUAAGCCUCUGCCAACUCCUGUACAGACUCCACUUCAGAACUCUUUCCUGGCCGCGCCCUUCCAAAAAUACGAUCCUUUGACCUACGAUGGUAGCAGUGUUGAAACCGAGUCGGUCAUGAGAAAGGCCAUUUUGGAUCAACAGUCAAAGCACCAGGCAUCACCCCAACAGCAACAUAACGAUUACUCUCUGGCUCCUUCAGUCUCCAGCCUGAGCCACAGUGGCAACUCGCCCGUGACCCCGCAGACCAUUCUGGAUGAGCUCGAAGACACAUCCAAGACGAUGACGAAUGGUGAGAGAUUUUUUCCCCCAUCGGAAUGGGAGGACGAAUACUUACAGUGCGACCGUCCUCCAGACUACAACACUGGCAACAUGUCAAUGGGUGACGAACUCUACAACCCACUCAUAAUGUCCACUCCUCAGAUGUCCUCAAAGCCGAUGAACCAGGGCAUGCUGGCUCCGCGCAAUGUGAUUGCUGAUCGACUGCAAGCCGCUCACCAGGGACACAUGUCCGCUCGCUCGCUUUCUCCGGUUAUGGGCAUGAAGCGCGACCGAUCUCCCUUCCGCCAGUGCUCCCCAUUCGUGGGCGAUCUCAAUCCCGCAGCUCUUCAACAGGCAAUGCCAACAAGCAUCCCAAUGUCUCAAGCUCAAGCUAUGCAGAUGCCCUCGAAUCAGGGCCAGGGCGAUCUGAAGACAAUGUCUCCCAAAGAUGCUGUCCUUGAUUUUGCCGAGAGUGAAGAUGCGGCCAUGCCUCCAUUCCCUCCCUUACAACAAGUGGACUUCAAUAUUGGAGAUUCUCUUGAAAUGCGCCGCGACAGCAACCCCAUGCGCCCUAUCACUACUAUGGAUACCUUCCCGUCUCAAUAUGCCUCAGUCCACCAAAACCCCUUCGCUUUUACUCAACAGAGCCAGCGCCCACAGCACAUGCUACAACAGGCACCUGAAUUCACAGCGCCCGGUUUACCUCAUGUGGAAUCUAAUGGCAGUGAUAUGCAUUCAUCUAUCGAGUUGACACCGCAAGCACAUGCCAAGAUUCCCGUUUCGGCAAAUAUUACCCGUCCCAGCAACACAUCCUCGAAUUCGGGCACAUACACCUGCACCUACCAUGGUUGUACACUUCGAUUUGAAACCCCAGCCAAGCUUCAGCGACAUAAGCGCGAGGCUCACCGCCAGACUACUCCCGGUGGACAUUUGGUCACCCGUGAUACAUCGCUUAAAAACUCGCAGGCUGGCCCUCACCGUUGUGAUCGAACCAACCCGUCUACUGGCAAACCUUGCAGCUCUAUUUUCUCUCGGCCCUACGAUCUUACCCGCCAUGAGGAUACGAUCCACAAUGCACGCAAGCAAAAGGUGCGGUGUCAUCUGUGUACCGAGGAGAAGACAUUCAGUCGCAAUGAUGCAUUGACCAGACACAUGCGUGUUGUGCACCCCGAAGUGGACUGGCCUGGCAAGCAGCGUCGGCGCAGAGACUGA